AUGUCAAAUAGAUUUCGGGCUCCCUUUGGUGACGCCAACGAGGAGACUCAGUAUGCCACUCCUCAGGCUAAACCGGCUAAGGUUGAUGAUAUUCUACCUGACGCUGAAUCGACACUCGACCAGGAUCUUCUUCGAUUCGACAGCAAACAACUUUGGCCCAAUGGGGUUUCAAAGGGAGGUACUGAAGCUAGAAGACGCCUACCUUCCAUAUUGAAGAACAGUCCGUCCCGAACUUUUACGGAACCCGUGAACUCAUCUUCAACGCCGUUACCGGGAGCUCAUCCACCUCAGAAGACCCCACCGAGAUUUGGAAAGGUCAUAUUUUCCCCAACAAAAGAGGUAAUGCGUUACGAAGAAGAUAAUGGAGAACGCAUGUACAGAAUGGAGCCAGAGGGGGACCAUCUCGAUAGGCAACGGAAUACUCCUGGGACUGGGUUUUUAAACGACUAUACAACUCCUUACAUUUUACUGAUGUAUCUCCAACUACUAUUUAAUGUUUUUCUUGCGUUGGUGAUUUUUUACAUCAUAUACAUAUUCAUAUCCACCAUCAGAGCCGAUACAAAGCACAGGAUGGAGCUUGCAACUACAGAUGCCUUGCGGGAAAUAACGCUAUGCUCGAAAGAGUUUUACAGGAACAAAUGCACAGCCGACAAGCGACCUCCGGCUUUAGAACUACCCUGCUUAGAAUGGGACAAAUGCAUGAACAAAGACCCUGAAAAAAUUGGGAAAUCAUUGGUGACGGCACAGACAUUUGGGGAAAUCAUCAACGAAUUCCUUAAGCCAAUCAGCUGGAAGCUGGUGUUCCUAUGCAAUGUCUUAAUUUUCGGGAGCUUUAUCGCCACAAAUGUGUUAUUAGGCGGUUUUCGGGGCGGAGUGAGUUACAAUAAGCUAGACAAUCUAAAAAAAGUAAAGCUUUUAGAGGAGAAGCUACAUGAUGCAGAACGUGAGAUAGAUGAAUUAAGGCGCCUUAACUCAGAACUUCAGAAAGAGACUCCAAAGUAUCUAUCGCAACACGAGCUUGAGCUCUUGAAUGACAGCAUGGGUUACUCUCCACUCAUGGCGAAACUGAGGAGAUAA